AUGACGACUCAAGCAGCAGUUGGCCUCGUUGAGGGCCUCCCGCUCCGGCUUCGAAAUUUCUUCGCCCGCUAUCCACCACAAUACUAUUCUUCGCAAGCUAUACCGAAGGCCCUACCACAGCAAGAAACGUCCUCUGGCAGCUCUGAAUCUUCCGCAGUCAUUAAACCAGCUCCCAGCCCAUUUGCAUCACGAAAUACCAAGGUCAAACUUUCGAAAACCAAAGACGCCGACUCCAUUUCCUAUACAGACUCCCUCCUCCGUUCCGACCCUAGCGGGCUAUACCCAAACCCUUUCCUUCCAUAUAAGAACCCGGAAACUGGGCGAUGGCGAGGAGCUGUGAUAUCAUUGCGUCGACAGGCGGAAUUGGUGAAAUUAGGCAUCAAAUAUGGCGUGGAAGAACUGUUGCCUCCAGGUCGAAAAUCAACCGAGUAUAAGCAUGCAAGGCUUAUUGAGAAGGGUCUCAGAGUCAAGGGUACUGGUAUCGGCCAGAAGGUCAAGGGUCACAAGUGGGAGAGAUCCAUGAAAGGCAAGUUGGAAGAGAGGAAGAAGGCUAUGUUGGAAAUGCCAGAAAUGAUCCGGUUAUGGAAACAGGUAAGGGUUCACAUUCGUUUCUCUAUUGCUUAA